AUGUCACCAAAAGUCCUCAUCAUCGGAGGCGGCGUCGGCGGCUUAGCCCUCGCCCACGGCUGCAAGAAACACAACAUCCCCUUUCACGUCUACGAACGAGAUCGCACCGAAGCCUACCGAGCCCAAGGAUAUCGCGUACGGAUAAGCGGUUUGGCUGGUACAGCACUGCAACAUCUCCUGACCGAGCAACUCUACGCCGACUUCGAGCUUUCCUGUGCGGACAAUCGAGCAGCCGACAUUGCAGAAAUCGACGCGGAGACCGGACGAGUCGACUUACCAAAAGUUGACGACAGUGUCCGGGCGAAGCUCGAUUGCAAUCCCUCGGGUUGGUGUGUGGAUCGAUCUGCUUUCAGGAACGUCUUGAUCAAGGCUUUGGAUAAGGAUGAGAUCUCGUAUGACAAAGUGUUUGAGCGGUACGAAUUGAGUGAGGACGGCGUUGUUGCGCAUUUCGCAGACGGAUCUCAGGCGAGCGGGACGUUGCUUGUUGGAGCGGAUGGGAAGAACUCGAAUGUGAGGAAGCAAUUGCUCCCGCAGGUGGAACUGCUGGACACGGGCGUGAAGUGCAUUUAUGGCAAGACUCUUAUCACGCCGGAGAUCCUGAACACUCUACCAGCAACAGCUGCCAAAAGCAUGUCGUUCGUCAAAGACCGCUCGCAAGAGAACCUCGCCAUACUGGGCCUCGAACCGAUCACAUUCCCCAACCGCGAGACGCUCGAACAGCGAGGCAUCGGCUGCCCACCAGACUACCUCUUCUGGGCCCUCACAGGGCCCUCAGAAUCCCUGGGUUUCGGCUCAGCAGAGAAGCGAUACCUCAGCAUCGACGAAUCGGAACAAGCAGCCCUCUCCGUAACCCAACACUGGGACGCCCGCCUGCGCACCAUAAUCCAACACCAAGCCCCCGGCGAAACCUCCGCCUUCUCCCUCACCGCCAUCUCCAGCACCCUCCCCGUCUGGACCCCCAACGCGCACAUCACCGUCCUCGGCGACGCGAUCCACCCGAUGGCGCCGACGGGUUCUGGCGCGGUGAUGGCGCUGAAUGAUGCGUCGAUGCUGUGCGAGGAGCUUUGCGAGCAUGGGGUUGGGGAGAAGGCGGUGGGGGCUUAUGAGGAGCGGAUGAGGAGUGUUAGUGGGGAGGCAGUCAAGAUGAGUUGGGCGGUGGUGACGAGGUUGGCGGGGAUGAGGAGGAGUAAUGAGAUGCAUCUGGGGGAGAUGGCGAUGAGUAUUAGGGCGAGGAAUGCGGAGAGGAAGGCGUGA